AAGAAUAUCUCAAUAUUAAUUGGUGUAGAUUAUUAUUAUGAAAUCGUUUCAGGCAGAAUAAAAAGAUUAAACAACAAACUGGUAGCGACUGAAACAAUUUUUGGAUGGUGCUUGCAAGGUCACGUGGGUUUAUCAAAUGACUUAAUGACCAUGAAGAUUGUAGUAGAUGAAAAGGAUAUUUCGGACCAACUUAAACAAUUUUGGGAUCUUGAGAAUUUAGGGGUAGAAGGGGUUGAAGAGGAUGAUUUCGAAAAACAUACUGUAGAUAAAGAAAUUAUGAAACAAUUUGAAGAAAAUAUUGUUUAUCAAAAUAAAAGAUAUACUGUAAAGUUUCCUUGGAAAACAAAUAUGAAAGAAUAUUUAGCUAAUAACUUUGAAGUGGCUAAAAGGAGGUUUUCGCAUUUAAAAUCAAAAUUUAUUAAAGAUAAAUCGUUAUAUUUAGAUUAUAAAGCUGUUAUUGAAGAUCAUUUAAAAGAAGGUAUCAUUAAGAAAGUUAUAACAUGUGAAGAAGAAAAACCUUCAUUUUAUUUGCCUCACAGGGCGGUAAUAAGGGAAGAUAAAACUACCACUCGUUUGAGAGUGGUAUUUGACGCGAGUUCUCAUGCGAAAGGACAGUUGUCGUUAAAUGAUUGUUUACAUACUGGUAUCAAUCUCAUUCCAGAUCUUUUUGAGAUUUUAAUAGGUUUUAGAGAACAGGCUGUUGCCAUAACUGCCGACAUAAAGAAGGCCUUUCUGCAAAUACAGAUUGCCGAAGAAGAUCAGAAUUAUACUAGUUUUUUCUGGACGGAAGAUCCGGAAAAGGAAGAAGAGGAAAUUUUCAAGAUGACUCGAGUUCUUUUCGGUGUCAAAUCAAGCCCCUUCCUCCUUGCAGCUACAAUCCAAUACCAUCUAAAGAGAUGGUCUCUCAUCCAGUCUCUUAGAUCCAAAUUUUGGAAAAGAUGGAGUCAAGAAUAUCUCAACUCCUUGCAGUCUCGAGCUAAAUGGAAACUACCUGAACUGAACAUCAAACCCGGACAGCUGGUACUCCUGAAGGAUAAUAGCAAGAGCCCCAUGGAAUGGAACUUGGCCCAAAUUGAAAGGACAUAUCCUGGAACAGAUGGACUAGUUCGUGUCGCAGACAUCAGAACCCCUAAAGGAAUUUUUCGGCGAAGUAUCAACAGACUCUGCCCACUCCCUUUCGAAGAAGGUGUUGGACAACUGUCCAACGGGGGCCGGGAUGUUCCGCCUUAGAGACGCCUUUCCCCUAUUCCAGCUGUAGUCAUCAGGAAACCGGCGCAUGCGCAGUUUCUGUUGAACUUUGAUACGCUUCUUUUUUAUUACUUUAUGAUUCAGAAUUUUGUAAUGCCUAAUGAGAGAUGUAACGGAUGUGUUUCCUGUUGCUGUG